ACUCCGGGCGCACGCGCGCCGCUGCCAGCUUCACCUCCGCCAAGCAGCGCCUGCGCAACCCGCCGAGCGUGCCUGGGAGGGCGGGGGGGAGCGAUGGCGUAGCCCCGCCCAUUCUAUGCGCUGUCACCUAGCAACGCGUUUCCCUGGCAACCGCGGCCGCGACGCUGGGCCACAAGAUGGCGGCCCCGGAGAGCAUCUAUAACCUCCUGCCCCGCCCGCAGGAGCGGCCCGCCAAGCCGCCCAGGUAUAUAUCAACAUUUAGACCGUCUGUGAAACAUGAAACAGAGAAAAGUAAAGCUCAGUGGAAAACUAUGGGGCCAGCAAAAGUUGCAGUGCCAUCUCCAAAAAACUUUCUGAAGAAACAUUCAAAGGAACCCAAGCUACCAGCGAGAAAAAAAGAACAGGAUAGUAAGAAAUUGCCUGCAUUAUCAGUCCCACGGAGGACAGAUCACCCAGUUAUGGGAAUUCAGAGUAAAAAGAAUUUUAUAAAUACAAAUGCAGUUGCUGCUAUCACAGGAUUGCCUAAAAAGCCUCAACCUAUUUAUGUUGAUAGAAGACAAGGAGACAAAUAUCUGCUUGAAACUUCAGGACUUGUUCCAAAAUAUAUUAAAAAAAAGGAUUAUGGCAUUACACCAAAAUAUGUGACACGGAGAACUGAAGAAAUGAAGAGAGCUCAGAAAGAACAUGAGACCCACGUCUUGGAGUAUCUCAAGAAAAAAGCCAUGAAGCAGUUAUCUGAUGAAGAAAGGGAAAAUCUUCUACAGGGGCUGAAAAAGAACUGGGAGGAAGUGCAUCAUGAAUUUCAGUGUCUUUCGGUAGAAAUAGACACCAUACCCAAGAAGUUGCAUAAAGAAAAGCUGGAAUCACAGAUGAAACAACUGGAGCAUGACAUAGAUGUAAUUGAGAAGCACAAAGUUAUCUACAUUGCAAAUGAGUAAGGACUGUUUUUCAGAUAUUGCCUCUUUUAUCUUUCUAUACUCCUGUCCUUCCAAGAAAAAAAAAAAAAAGAAAAAAGCACAAAGCUCAAAAGAAAUUGAAACUUUCAACUAUUCAGAAGAAGGUAAUAUUCAACUAACAUAAGGAUGUAGCUUCUUAUAAAAGUUGUUACAUAUAGCUAAUUCUCAUCUGCAUAAUUCACGGGUUUUUCAAAUAAAAUGUUUAAUAUAACUUCAAGUUAUAUUAAACAUGAUUUUAAUCUAUUAUUCUUUGUAAUUUUUAUCAACUACUAAAAUGUCUAUAAAUAUCAUACAAAAAGCAUAAGAAAUACUCUUCUGUAUGUUUGGAGCACUUCUUUCCCUGCAUAGCCAAAACUAAGUGGAAUAAUUGACUGCUGAAGACAGCUUGGUAAAUACAACUUCAGGGUGGGAUGGCUUCUGGUCUAGUUAUUAAAGAGCUGUUGUGCUUUACUUAAAAGCUUGAGCAAUUGUAUUUCUAAAUGGCUUGGCUUCUACAUAACAUUUUGUGUAUUCAUUUUUUGUUACCAAAAACAAAUUUUGUAGCAGAAGCUUAUAAUAAUAUAGGAACUCAUGCAAUAUGGAUACCACAUGUAGCUUGGUAUGCUGAUGUAAAAAAGAACACCAUAAUACUAUAUUAAAUCUACAACUGAAGUACAAAAA